GAUCUGUACGUGGACCAAGCUUGGCAGGUCAUCCAUUUCGGUCCAUUCACAGAUUUUCCCUACGCCGUGCGCUACAACCGUGACAAUGGUGCCAUUGCGCUUCUUAGGCACCUUGGUAGCCGCCUGCGCUUUUUCGUCGGCGUCGACCUCACCAACAACUUCCGCCACUGGCAGCAAUGCCAACUCAACCCUUUGCUUCUCAUCGGACUUCCUCUUCGGCACUGCGUCAUCGGCUUACCAAGCUGAGGGCGGCUGGAAUGCCACUAACAAGGAACCAAGUAUCUGGGAUAACUUCUGCCGUGAUACUUCGAACGGAGUCCCCUGUGCUAACGUGGCUGAUGAUUUCAUCCACCGCUAUGACAGUGACAUCACUCUCAUGAAGAACGAUGGAUACGGUACUUUCCGCUUCUCCCUCGCAUGGGCGCGCGCCAUGUCGUGGAAUGAGACGACGCAGCGUAUGCAGGCGAAUCCGGAAGGCUUGGCGUUCUACCAUUCACUGGUGGAUGAGCUGCUGGCUAACGGUAUUCAGCCCAUUAUGACGCUGUAUCACUGGGACUUGCCAGCCACUCUACAGUCUGCGUCCGACCCGCCUGGGUGGCUUAAUGAGGCAAUGAUCGGCCACUUCGUGGACUACGCGACGCUUAUCUUCGAGGAGUUCGGACAGGACGUGGAGUUCUGGACGACGUUCAACGAGCCAGCCUCGUUCAUCCUCACGGGUUUCGCCUUUGGUUACGGCCCACCGAAGCUCGGCAACUCCAGCACCAACGCGUACGAGGUGGCUCACAAUGUGCUGCUUGCACACGCUGCCGCAGUGGAGAAAUUCCAUGAACUGCGUGAAGCAGGGACCAUCAAGAGCACUGCUCGCAUCAGCAUCGUCAUCAAUUCCGACUGGGGCGUGCCGCUAAACGACUCGUUCCCUGAAGACGUGGCUGCUGCUGAACGCAAGAACCAGUUCCACUUAGGCUGGUUCUUGAGCCCUUUGACGACCGGAGACUACCCUUCAGUCAUGCGCGAACGUAUUAGUGAUCGUCUGCCGAAUUUCACAGAUGAGCAGAGUGCUCAGGUCAAAGGUUCAUACGACCUUCUGAUGCUUAACUACUACGCCUCGUAUGCUACAACGGACUGCGAUUCCGACCGCUCGGAGACGAAUUGCUCUAGCUUGACACUGGGGUGGGCCACAGACCUCGGAGUUGAUGACUCGCGUAACCCCGACGGCGCUCGUCAUGCCUAUGGAAGUAUUAUGGAUCCUGAUAGUUGUUCGACUGACUCUGGGUACCCUCCAGGGUACAUCCAGGUUAUCCGUUUCCUGCACGAGCACGACACAAGUGCUGACAUUCUUCUGACUGAGAACGGGUGGUGUGGCAAUGAGACUAUUGACAACCCCGACCAGAUCUGGUAUCACCGCACACAUUUAGAGCAAGUGCACAAGGCUAUCUACGAGGAGGAUAUCCCAAUUAUUGGAUACACGGUGUGGAGUUUCAUGGAUGGUUUCGAGUGGACCAGCUACGCUGGACGUCGUGGACUCUACUUCGUGAACUACACGGAUGAAACCGGAGAUAUCGACGAGUACACAGCUCUGCCUACACAACUCACACGCAUUCAACGUUCGGCAGGUGCUUGGUAUUCGGAUGUGGCUACUACUGGAUGUUUUGAGCAGGACGAGGAGGACGAACAGUAUUUGGUGUAGUGCUGAAAAGAUCAUUUCUACUGAAAAGAGAAUCAUGAUCAAGUAGGUUUGCUUUUAUGUGUUGUUGAUGCGGUACUGUGUUGAACAUAUUCUACGGCCAUUUAACAGUUUCCGCGUAGUACAUAUAUGCACACUCGGCAUGAGUCUACGCGUCCAUAUCCUCGUCAUCGCCACGAGGUGUAGCAUUAUAUUUUAU